AUGGCCUUCACUUUCGCUGCUUUCUGCUACAUGCUGUCGCUGGUGCUGUGCGCUGCGCUCAUCUUUUUCGCCAUCUGGCACAUAAUUGCCUUUGAUGAGUUAAGGACAGAUUUUAAGAACCCCAUCGACCAGUGCAACCCUGUUCAUGCGAGGGAACGGCUGAGGAACAUCGAGCGCAUCUGCUUCCUUCUACGAAAGCUGGUGCUGCCAGAAUACUCCAUCCACAGCCUCUUCUGCAUCAUGUUCCUGUGUGCUCAGGAGUGGCUCACCCUGGGGCUGAAUGUCCCUCUACUUUUCUAUCACUUCUGGAGGUACUUCCACUGUCCGGCAGAUAGCUCCGAAUUAGCCUACGACCCGCCGGUGGUCAUGAACGCAGACACCUUGAGUUACUGUCAGAAGGAGGCCUGGUGUAAGCUGGCCUUCUAUCUCCUCUCCUUCUUCUACUACCUUUACUGCAUGAUCUACACUUUAGUGAGCUCUUAA